UCCAGUUAUUCCUCAGGCUUCCCAGCUUUGCAGAUCUGGGAGAGAACCUACAUAAACAUAUUGGCGAUGUAGCUAGCUUUCAAGGCUGAGAGAAUCCUUAUGGAUUCAGGAGACUGGUUUUUAUUUUAGAUCUUUUUGUAUUUUUCUGGAAGAUGAAAUGCUUCUCUCGUUACCUGCCUUACAUCUUCAGACCUCCGAAUACCAUCCUUUCUUCCAGCUGCCACACAGAAGCUGACAUUAUCUCUACGGUAGAAUUCAACCACACGGGAGAAUUACUAGCGACCGGGGACAAAGGGGGUCGGGUUGUAAUAUUUCAACGAGAGCAGGAGAGUAAAAACCAGGUUCAUCGCAGAGGUGAAUACAAUGUUUACAGCACAUUCCAGAGCCAUGAACCCGAGUUCGAUUACCUGAAGAGUUUAGAAAUAGAGGAAAAAAUCAACAAAAUAAGAUGGCUCCCUCAGCAGAAUGCCGCCUACUUCCUGCUGUCUACUAAUGACAAAACUGUGAAGCUGUGGAAAGUGAGUGAGCGUGAUAAGAGGCCAGAAGGCUACAAUCUUAAAGAUGAGGAGGGCCGGCUCCGGGAUCCUGCCACUAUCACCACCUUGCGGGUGCCUGUGCUGAGACCCAUGGACCUGAUGGUUGAGGCCACCCCACGGAGAGUAUUUUCCAACGCGCACACAUAUCAUAUCAACUCUAUAUCAGUCAACAGCGAUUAUGAAACCUACAUGUCAGCUGAUGACCUGAGGAUUAACCUGUGGAACUUUGAAAUAACCAAUCAAAGUUUUAAUAUUGUGGACAUCAAGCCAGCCAACAUGGAGGAGCUCACAGAGGUGAUUACGGCUGCUGAGUUCCACCCCCAUCACUGCAACACUUUCGUGUACAGCAGCAGCAAAGGGACAAUCCGGCUGUGUGAUAUGAGGGCAUCUGCCCUGUGUGACAGGCACACCAAAUUUUUUGAAGAGCCAGAAGAUCCAAGCAACAGGUCAUUUUUCUCUGAAAUUAUCUCUUCAAUUUCGGAUGUGAAGUUUAGCCACAGUGGAAGAUAUAUCAUGACCAGAGAUUAUUUGACCGUUAAAGUCUGGGAUCUCAACAUGGAAAAUCGCCCCAUUGAGACUUACCAGGUACAUGACUACCUCCGCAGCAAGUUAUGUUCCCUCUAUGAAAAUGAUUGCAUUUUUGAUAAAUUUGAAUGUGUAUGGAAUGGGUCAGACAGUGUCAUCAUGACAGGGUCCUACAACAACUUCUUCAGAAUGUUUGACCGGAACACUAAGCGUGAUGUUACCCUUGAAGCCUCGAGGGAGAACAGCAAACCUCGGGCUAUCCUGAAGCCACGAAAAGUGUGCGUGGGGGGCAAACGAAGGAAAGACGAGAUCAGUGUUGACAGUCUGGACUUUAGCAAAAAGAUCUUGCAUACAGCUUGGCAUCCUUCAGAAAACAUUAUAGCAGUGGCGGCUACAAAUAAUCUAUAUAUAUUCCAGGACAAGGUUAACUAGGAGGACAGGUUAUUCCUUAAUCAUCUCACAUACUGAAUACUAGUCAAACAUAGUUUUAAAUGUUUCUUUGGGUCUUUAUUUAAUGUAUCAAUAUUGAUUUUCCUAUGCCGAAGCAAUUGGAGUAGAAUUUAAAACAGUCCAACUUUCCCAAUUCCCUGGUUCUCUAAAAAUGUUUGUCAAACCCAAUAGGUUCUGGAACAUUUCUGUUUAGAAUUGGGGAGCUGCCCACUAAUGGUAAUUAUUCCCUACAUGACUUGAAUUUCUGAUGCUCUUAUUGCCCUGUUUUCUCUAGUGGGGUCAGUGUUUUGUUUCUAGGUGUCUGCUGCGAUAAAAUGAGGUUGUCUGUAGUAUUUAAAGAGAAAAGAAAUUACUUUUUUUUUAAUUAAGCAAUUCCAUUUGGUUGAGAAAAAUCAACAAAAAUAAACAUGUUUACUCUA